GAUCUGUGGCCCAAAUACAAUAUGCAGCAACACUGUUGGGCAUUAUAUCUGCACCUGUAAAACUGGAUUCAUCCCUUCUCCUGGAGCCACGUGGAUUCCCAAUAAAACACAGUGUGAAGACCUGAUGAAACAGAUGGCUACCGCAAGUUGCCCACAAGCAUCAAGCCAGCUUUGCUUCCUUUCUUCAUUUACAGACCAAUUAAAAAAUGGCUCAGAGAUUCCAGUUGAGAUGGUGGCUAGUGUCUUGGGUACAAUUGUCAGCAGUGACUCCGCUUGGACAAACCAAAAUGAUGAGCAGAAGUCUGAAGCAGCUCAGAUGAUUCUGACCUCUGCAGUGAGUCUGGUAUCCGCCUUGAUUAAGCCCACUGCUAAUGUCACAAGCAAGAAAGUGAAAUCAGAAAAACUGGAAAUCGACUUGAUGGUGGUUGGAUCAAACACAAGCCUGAAUGCAAUCCCAAAAUUGGAAGCUCAAGGAAACUCAAUGGAAGUUGACCUGCAGGGUGUCGCGAAGGAGAACAAUAAAAGUUAUGCUGCAGCAGUUUUCAUAUCAUACAAUGGAAUGAGUUCACUUCUAAGUGCCAGUUUUUUUGUGAGUGAACACAUUCCUGAAAUUAAUUCUGAAGUGAUAUCGGCCACAUUACCUGAAAUGCAACUCUCCAACCUCUCUGAGCCUGUUAACUUCACAUUAAAGCACUCCAAGCCUGGAUCAGAAGGGAACAUGACCUGUGUCUACUGGAAAACUAAACCUAUAAAAACCUGGUCUCCAGAAGGCUGUAAAGAAAUACAGACCAACGAAACACACACAGUCUGCAGCUGCACCCACCUCUCCACCUUUGCAUUGAUAAUGGAGAUUGAGAAACCGCAACACCAUGAAGAUGACGGCGACAUGUUAGAAUUGAUUAAUUUAAUUGCAGUGCCGAUCAACCUGUUUUUUCUAAGUUGUGCAAUUACAACCUUCAUAUGUUGCCAGUCCAUUCAGAAUGCCAACAACACCAUUCACCUGCACUUGAGCAUCUGUCUCUUCCUGGCUCACCUUCUCUUCCUAACUGGGAUAAGCCAAACAAAGGUCCCGGUAUGUAGGCAGGGCUGCUUCACUCUGGAUAGGCUGGAACAAAACUGUAUCUACAUGCAUGUGUUGUGUGCAGUCAUAGCUGGGCUCCUACACUACCUCUUCUUGGCCAGUUUUGCCUGGAUGUGCCUGGAGGGAGUACAGCUCUACCUGCAGGUGAGAAACCUGAGGCAGGUGAGGCGGAGUAGCAUGCAGGCCCUGCGUACAGGAUACCUGCUGCUGGCUGGCUACGGCACUCCCCUUCUCAUCGUGGCUGUGUCUGCAGCGCUGUUUUCAGAUGGAUAUAUGAAUAAUGAAAUAUGCUGGCUGAGUUAUGAGAAGGAAUUCCGCUGGAGUUUUCUUGGCCCUGUUGCUCUCAUAUUGGCAGUUAACAUGAUUCUCUUCGGUGCCAUUAUCUGGACUCUGCAAGCAACUCUGUCUCAGCUCAAUGCUGAAGUGUCCUCGCUUAAGGACAGCAGCUUGCUGACUUUCAAAGCCCUCGUCCAGUUUGUGAUCUUGGGCUGUAGCUGGUUCCUUGGCUUUUUCCCACAAGUUGAAAUAUGCAGAGUGUUGUUCAUCGCCCUCAGCUCUCAGCAGGGGACCAUGAUAUUCAUUGUGUACUGCUUGCUGAACAGAGAGGUGAGGAAGGAGUACAAGAAAUGGUUUUGUUGCCAACGGAAGUCUUCAACAACUUAUGCAAUUAGCUCAAGGGGCAGAGAAACAUCUGUGACGACACUAUCCAGAUAAAGAUGCAAACAGCACAAUGAGGACUGGAUCACCCAGAAACAACUGCAUGUUCCACUAUGAACAACAGUGGCAGUGCUGGAGAUCCUUUGGUUAUUCACUUUUUUUUUUAGGAUGUUGUUUGCCAUUUUUUACACUAUAUUUUCCUAGUAUCAAAUCACUGUAGGUCACUGCUCACUUUUUAAGUUAAUUGACUGUUAAUGGUUAGUAUAUAAUGACCACUUUGAGUAAUUUGCUUCAGCUUACAUUGUCUAGGGUUUCAUUUCCCCUGUAGGUUUUUAUGAUGUUUGUAAUUAUUCUUUUAUUUUCUGGUAAAAUGUGUUCACGUGUUUUGACUACUAGUUCAGGAGCUGUUCUUCCCUUGCUUACCAGCACCAUUUAUAGCACUGCUCUGUAUUAACAGCAAAAUCCAAAGAGGCAACUUCAUGAUUUCCAAGUCCUUUCAAACAAUAUGAAAAGAGUAAGGAGGUUCAGAAAAUAUUUCCAUCUGCUGUUCAUCUUGUAAGGCGGUUUGCAAUCAUUCUAUGUGGUUCUUAUUGUAAUUCUACUGUAUUAUAUAUACUGUGUGAAUUUUUUUGUGUGUGAUUUUUUUAAAAUUUUAUUUUACUUUUUGAUAGUGAUGUGUAAUAAAGCUGAUCUUUAGUUCUUGUUGCUUGUGAAAUAUGCAACACAGUCUGGAUCUACCAAAGUGUGUCUACAGAAGUAAGAGCCAGUGCUGCCUUGUGAACAGCCAUGGUUUCCUUUUGUAAUGCUUGCAAUACGCAACUGUGCACUAGAUGGCACCGAGACAUGAACCUGCUCUUCCCUGAUUGUAUGACUCCCUCUCUGCUAUGUGCCAAGUUAUACAACACCUCUCCAAGCUCCUCUGUAUUCUGUUCUUGAUAAAUGAUUAGUAUAUGUGAUUGAUAUAUAUAUAUAUAUAUAUAUAUAUAUAUAUAUAUAUAGCUUGGGCAGCAUUGGGGUAAUGCGUAUAAAAAAUACUGCAAUCUAUUAAAACAACAAUUGUUUGUUUUAGUGUUUAAAUUUUAUUAUUAAACAAAUAAGGUUGUGUGUUUAUUUGAUUUGUAACAGUGCUAACACAACCUAAUACAUUUGCUGUUGAAUUGCUAAGCAAACUGGCACAGUUUUGCACUUAAAGAAAAAUAUGAAUAUGCCAACAAUAGCAAAACCUAGACGAUUUAACAAAUUUACUCUUUACGACUGGGACAAAAUAAAAUUAAGCUGAAAGCUGGGACAAUGUUGACUAUAUAAUUUUUACAAAUAUUUGAAUAUUAAAACAAAAAACUGCUUGAAAUGGAUUUGGUGGCAAUAAUAAAUAUGU